AUGACCUCGGCCUCCAGCGAGCCGCCCUGCUCCAAGCCGGUGAACAUCUGCUGCAUUGGCGCCGGCUACGUCGGCGGCCCCACCUGCGCCGUGAUCGCCAAGAUGUGCCCCCACGCCCGGGUGACUGUCGUUGACCUGAGCCAGGAGCGCAUCGACGCCUGGAACUCCCCGAACCUGCCGAUCUACGAGCCUGGCCUGCAGGAGGUUGUCGAGGAGGCCCGCGGUCGCAAUCUUUUCUACACCACCAAUGUCGAGCAGGCCAUCAUCGACGCGGACCUGAUCUUCGUGUCGGUCAACACCCCGACCAAGACCGCCGGCCUGGGCGCCGGUGCCGCGGCCGACCUGCGCUUCAUCGAGCGCGCUACCCGGACCAUUGCCCGCGUGGCCACCAGCUCCAAGAUUGUCAUUGAGAAGUCCACGGGCUAG